GAGGCGAAGGCGCUGAACCCGGAACCCCGAGUGGGCGGGGCAGACGCGAGGACUCGUGCGGGCCCCGGAAGCGGGAUGCUGAGUGGACCCCCCCGGGACUCCGUGGGCCUUUGGGCGCCAGGGUGGGCAGGGGCUCCCCGGAGGACUAACCGGAGGGACCGUCCGCGAGGAAAAUCGUCCGGCAGCGACUGCAGGCGCUCGCCACCCUUACGCAGUUCCGGUGCGCGGGCGCUGGCGAGGCACGCUGGGAGGUUGCUCGCCGGUCAGUGGUACCCAGUUUCAGGCCGUCCGGCCCAGCGGCGGGCCACCAUGCGGCUGGGCUCCGGGGCCUUCGCUGCCUGCUGCGUAGCCAUUGAGGUGAUCGGGGUCGCCAUAUUUAUUCGGGGAUUCUUCCCGGCUCCUGUUCGUUCCUCUGCCAGCUCAGAGCACGGUGCAGAGACCCCAGCGCCCGAACCCGUAGCAGGAGCCAGUUCCAACUGGACCAAACUGCCAUCACCUCUCUUCAGUAAAGUUGUCAUUGUGCUGAUAGAUGCCUUAAGAGACGAUUUUGUGUUUGGGUCGAAAGGUGUAAAGUAUAUGCCCUACACGACUUACCUGGUAGAAAAAGGAGCAUCGCAUAGUUUUGUGGCUGAGGCAAAGCCACCCACAGUUACUAUGCCUCGGAUCAAGGCAUUGAUGACAGGAAGUGUCCCUGGCUUUGUUGACGUCAUCAGGAACCUCAAUUCUCCUGUGCUCCUAGAGGACAAUGUGCUAAGACAGGCAAAAGCUGCUGGGAAAAGAAUAAUCUUUUAUGGAGAUGAAACAUGGGUUAAAUUAUUCCCAAAGCAUUUUGUGGAAUAUGAUGGGACAACGUCAUUCUUUGUGUCAGAUUAUACAGAGGUGGAUAAUAAUGUCACAAGACAUUUGGAUAAAGUGUUAAAAAGAGGAGACUGGGAUGUGUUAAUCCUUCACUAUCUAGGACUGGAUCAUAUUGGCCACAUUUCAGGGCCCAACAGCCCCCUGAUUGGUCAUAAACUCAACGAAAUGGACAGUGUCCUGAUGAAGAUUCACACUUCUCUGUUGUCGAAGGAGAGAGAGAGUCUUUUACCCAGUUUGCUGGUUCUCUGUGGUGACCAUGGAAUGUCUGAGACAGGGAGCCAUGGGGCCUCCUCCACAGAGGAAGUAAGCACACCUCUGAUCUUAAUCAGCUCUGCAUUUGAAAGGAAACCUGGGGAUAUUCGACAUCCAAAGCACGUGCAGCAGACUGACUUGGCUGCGACACUCGCAAUAGGACUUGGUUUGCCGAUUCCUAAAGACAGUGUAGGCAGCCUCUUACUCCCAGUUAUAGAAGGAAAACCGAUGAGAGAACAACUGAGGUUUUUGCAUUUAAACACAUUACAGCUUAGCAAACUAUUGCAAGAGAAUGUACCAGCAUAUGAAAAAGAUCCUGGAUUUGAGCAAUUUAAAAUGGCAGAAAGGUUGCAUGGGAACUGGGUCAAACUGCAUUUGGAAGAGAACCAUUCAGACAUUCUGCUUGGCCUGGGAACCAAAGUGCUCAGGCAGUACCUGGGCGCCCUGAAGACCCUGAGUCUGUCUCUGAGCACACAAGUGGCCCACUACGACAUGUACUCCAUGGUGGUAGGGACUGUCGUGGUUCUGGAGGUUCUCACCCUCUUCCUCCUGAGCACACCACAUGUGCUGUGCAGAAAAGCUGAGCUGGAUGUUCCUCUGUUGUCUCCUGUGUUUUCUCUGCUCUUUUAUUUGAUAUUCUUGGUUCUUUCGGCCAUUCAUGUGCUGGUGUGCACCUCGUCUGAGAGCUCGUGCUACCUCUGCGGCCUCCCCUGGCUGGCAGCAGCGAGCGUGAUGCUCCUCAUUUCUGCGCUGCUCUGUGCAAUUUUGUCUGCUCUUAUCAGGAUGGUCAUUGACAGCACACUGCUGACGAAGAAUGCAGCUCUUCCCAGCUCAGGGUGGUCAGAGGUGAACCUUCUCCUCCUUCUGGGCACAGUGGGCCAUGUUCUGAGCCUGGGAGCCAGCAGCUUUGUGGAGGAAGAGCACCAAACGUGGUAUUUCCUUGUUAAUACUCUGUGCCUGGCUCUGAUCCAGGAAAGCUGUAGGAGUUGCCUUCUGGGAGAUGAAUAUGAACCUCACCGUCACUUCCAGGUGGAACAAGGAUGUGUGGACAUCCUUGCCUGCUCUCUGCAGGACAGCACAAGCUGCAGCACCCCUAACCCUGACAGAGCAGGUAAACGGGUCUCCCUUUCUGAAGCACAAGGAAGCUGCAGAUGGUGGACAGUGCUGGCAAGUCCGUGGCUGGUGCUGAUCUGCUGCCGGCUACUGCGGUCCUUGAACCAGACAGGGGUGCAGGGAGCCCAUCGGCCUGAUAUUAGCCACUGGCUUACCAGCUCUGACCACAAAGUAGAACUCUCAGGCCUGGCUGCCCUCUCCCUGGUUUUAGUCUUCUUGUUGGUGCAAAGGGGGUGCUCCCUUGUAUCCAAGGUGGCUCUAGCACUGGGGCUGCUGGGUGUCUUCUGCUACAGGGCAGCCAUUGGGGUCGUGCUGUUCCCAUGGCAACCGUAUAACAAAGGCAUUUCAAAGGGUAUUAUUGAAGCUCGUUUUGUUUAUGUCUUUGUCCUUGGCAUUCUGUUCACGGGUACCAAAGACUUACUUAAAGCACAAGUCAUUGCAACAGACUUGAAAACCAAGACUGUAGGUUUGUGGGAAAUACAUAGUGGAUUAGUUCUUCUGGCAGCAUUGCUCUUGAGACCACAUAAUCUUCCAGUGUUAGCAUUCAGUCUCUUGAUUCAGACUAUACUGACUAAGUUCAUCUGGAAGCCACUGAGACAUGACGCAGCCGAGAUCACUGUCAUGCAUUAUUGGUUUGGUCAAGCAUUCUUCUUUUUCCAGGGUAACUCCAACAACAUUGCCACCAUCGACGUUUCAGCGGGCUUUGUGGGCUUAGAUACCUACAUGGAAGUUCCAGCCAUGUUCCUCACAGUGUUUGGAACAUAUGUGGGGCCUGUGCUCUGGGCCAGCCACCUUGUUUACUUCCUGAGCUCAGAAGCAAGCAAUGUUUCAGCACUGAGCCGUGCUUGCUUCUGCUACGCACUCAUCUGUUCUGCUCCAGUUGCCACGUACAUUGUUCUGGUGACGGCUCUGCGCUAUCACUUAUUCAUAUGGAGUGUAUUUUCUCCAAAGCUUCUCUAUGAAGGAAUGCAUCUGCUCAUCACGGCUGCCCUGUGUGCCGUAUUCACUGCCACAAACCAGACUCGCCACACAAGGGCUUAGUGGACCCGGACACUUGGGGCCACUGUACUUUUCAGUCACUGUUUGCAUCAUGGAUUUGCGUAUUGGAACUGCCUCCAUGCAAGAUUAUUCUGAGGAAAAAUAAGGGUGUAAAGCCUGUUAAAUUAGUGGAAAACUUAAUUUUACUGGGAUUUAAAUUAAAUAGAUUAAUAAACGACCACUUCAAA